CCUUUUCUUUUGCGUGUUUUCCUGUCAGCUGCAUCCACUCCUUCCGCAGCUCGAAGCUCCUUCGAGAGAUAAGAGACCGAUUCGGACAUUUCGCAUGUCGAAUUCAGCUUGAGAGUGAAAUCAGCCGGCGGCAACCAUGUUCAGCCGCGUGCGAAGCGCCUUCAUGAACGUGGUCGGCGGCAUCGAGCCAGUCGUCGGCAUGAAGGACGUGGACGGCGGCGGCCCCGACGAGCGCGACCGCCACCUUCCGCACAAGUUUCCGUACACGCGACCGCACUUUCUGCAGCUGCACACCGAGGAGGAGGUCACGGUCACCGCCGACCACCACAUUAGACCCAUCAUCGUGCCCAGGGACGUCAACGUCAUGCCCUGGAGCGCUGGUUACGCCGAGGCUGUCAACGCGGGCAAGUCGCUUCUGAACGAGGACCAGGCGUGUGUCCAUCGGGGGCUGCUGACGAGGCCCGAGAGGAAUCUCAACGACGCCCACAAAACGCCGAGCCUACCCUACGUCUACUUCGGCAUCUUCGACGGCCACGCUGGUGCUGGAGCGGCCGUGGCCGCCGCCAACCAGCUUCACCACAUCAUCCAUGAUAAGUUGGUGGACAUUAUCGACCACCUGAUUCCGCCAGUGGCGCAGAUGGAAAGUAAGUCGAGCACUGGCGGACUGGCCUUUUUCUUUCCUGGCAAGGAGGUCAGCAAGGAGUCUCUCAUUAUUGGUGCCUUGGAGUCCGCUUUUUGGGACAUGGACCAAUUAAUCGGUGAAGACAAACUAAAAUACAAAGUCAAGGGAGGCUGCACAGCCCUUGUGGCGCUCUUCAUCAACGGCAAGCUUUUUGUCGCCAACGCUGGCGACUCGAGGGGCGUUUUGGUUCGGGACAGCCGAGCUCAGCCCAUGUCCAACGACUUCACCCCCGAGUCUGAGAGACAACGAGUGCGGCGACUCGCCGCUCUGCAGCCUGAAUUGUUGGGCAACGAGUACACACAUCUCGACUACUGUCAGCGGCCGGUGCAGAAAGACAUAGGCAAGAGGAUUUUGUACCGAGACUGGUACAUGACCGGCUGGGGCUACAAAACCGUCACCCCCAGCGAUCUCAAACUGCCUGUCGUGCACGGUGAAGGAAAGCGGAGUCGAGUUUUGGCCACGAUAGGUGUGACCCGCGGCUUUGGCGACCACGAACUGAAAGCCCUCUAUUCGAACAUUCCCAUCAAACCAUUCCUUCUGUGUCAACCAGAGGUACUAGUUUUAAAUUUGGACAACGAUGAAGAGUGGAGCGACGCAGACGUUCUAGUGAUGGGCACAGACGGCCUCUGGGACGUGACGAGUAACGAGAGGGUGGCAGAAAUAGUCACAAAAAGCUUCAGGCAGUUUCCUUCAGACGAAAAUCGUAAUAAGUACCGAUACACCUCAGCAGCUCAGGACUUAGUGAUGUCCUCGCGUGGCAAACUGACCGAGCGCAACUGGCGCACCUCCGAGGGCAAGUCGGCCACCAUCGACGACAUUUCCGUAUUUGUGAUCCCCGUCGUCGACUACAAACGAGAGCACGCGGCUUGGCUCAAGCAAAACGCAGCGUUGCGAGAGCAGAUCAGCGCCAACCUGAACAGCAUCAACAGUGCGGUGGUCGCGCAGAACGGACACUCGGAGGUCAAAGACGAAGACGAUGAGGAAGAAGUGUCCCUGGAGAUGAACGGCGACGACGAAAUCGACACUUCGUUGCCCGUUCGUCUCGAGCUGCAUUGAAGAAAAAAAACUCAAAUUUUGUCCAAAAGUGUCUGUGAAUGUUUUAGUUUUCUCUUACUUCUGAUUUCCACACGGCCACAAUAUUCUAAAAAAAUCUCAGGCUCAAAAUUAAGUCUGGUGGAGAGUUUAAAAAUCAAAUCCCUCCAAAUUCAAAAUUUGAAUUUGUCAGGUGAUUUUGAAAAUUUUUCCCUCUCCACUGAUUGUUUAUUUUGGGACUUUUCCAAGUGUGAUUGAGGAAGGUGUCCCAGUUUUUGAGCAGGCUGUGUGCAGAUUUGUAUGGACAGUCGCCGGGACACUCGACGCUCCUUCUGACUGGCCCAAGUGUCAGACUCGAGGACUCUGUGAUACGGUGCAGUAACUGAAGAUAAAUAAAUCUCUAUGGUUUUGCAGCAAUCAUUCCUAUACUGCACUUGCGCUCUCAAAUUAAUUAACCGGAAAAGCAUUUUACGCGUAGAUGUAUAAUUAAUUAAAUAAAUUUGAUGGGAAUUCUUCGAUUGACGCGUUACUUACCAAAAGUUUUAUUUCACGGAAAACGUGUCAAUUAUCGGGGGUCUUAUUUAAUUUCUUCAAAAUUAAAAAUACAUUCCACCUGCAAAAAUCAUAGUGAGCCGCUACUGAAACUUAUAAAUUGUAAAUGAUCUCCGGACACUGUAGUAAAACUAAAAGUCGAUCGCCGAUAAAGUCACUUAUCAGACAGACCCGUCAAAAUCGUCACUUAAAAACUUAUUUUAUGACAAUAAUUAUUUUAAUUUUCUACAAUUUGCAAGGAAAUGCGAAAAUAUAUGUUAUUAUAUUAUAUUUUGCUUAAAGUUUGUGCUAUAAUUAUUAUUUAUUCGUCACUUGCUGAUCAAGUGUUAGUAAAAUUGCACAGAGGAAAACCUGAAAUUUGCUGUUUGAAUUUAAAUACCAGUGUGCUUUGUAUUAAAGCAGCUUUUAUUUAUUUUUCGUCUUUAGGAAUUAAAAUAAUGGAAAAAAAGUUGUAUAAAAAUAU